AUGGCCUCAUCCAAUACCGGCAAGGCUGGAGUUAUCAAAGCUUCUGAAGAUGCCGGCAGCAUUGACCAACUUGCGCACGCCGUGCUUGACGACCUACUCUACAACAUUGUUCAUGAUUUAUUAAUGAAGACGCAUCGAGACGAGAAGAUCGCCCGUGCCUCGACCGCUGCCAUUCGGGUCGAAAAGUUGGCCGCCGACACCUCAGAUUCCUCUGCCCCUGAUGCUCGACCAGACAUCAAGGUCGAAACAGACGCGGCCGUCUACGAUGAAGGAAAAGUCCUUUUGAAGGGGAACCCGUUAAUGACCACACCAGACAUUGUCUGCCCACGAUGUCACCUCCCGCGAUUAUUAUACCCCACGGAUGGAAAGGGGGCGAGAAAACCCGACCCGAGCAUAAUCUACUGCAAGAAGCAUCCGUACAUCGACAAGCCCGGAUACGACAUCUAUGGCCAGACGUGGGUUGCACAAGGCCCUGGAAGAGGCAAGAAAAAGAAGGACAUGGAGAAGAAGCUAGAACAGAACUCGGAUUCCCCUACACCAGAAGGUGGAACAGGUGGUGGUGCUGCUUCUCGACCCCCGAAUAUGCUUUCCUUCCCAUCGGCCACCUGUAGCAAAUGCAAGCGAUGCAUCCUGGUCACUCGACUUAACAAUCACAUGGGAUCGUGUAUUGGAAACAGUGGUAGGAACGCAAGCCGUGCCGCCGCACAGAAGAUCAGUAAUGGUAACAACGCGAACGGAAGCAUGGAUGGAACUCCUCCUUCUAGUCAAAAGGGUACACCGCAUCCGAGCUCGCGAGCUAGUAGUCCGAAGAAGAGAGAUAAUGAUGAUGUAGAUGACGAUGACGAGACCGAUAACGAUGCACACAAGAAGAAGAAGAUGAAGCCUACGGCGGCGAACGCGGCUAACAAGAAGCUCAUCCUUAAGAACAAGGGUGGUUCCGGCACUAAGAAGGAGAAGGUUAAGACCGGCUCCUCGCUCGUAGUCGAGCAAAAAGUAGACGAUGACGACGCAGAGGGUUCCACGGUGGAAGUUGCACCCAAGAAGAAGGUGACGAAAGUCCCAAGCCCAGCUAAGAAGCUGAAGUUAGGUGCUUCUAAACCAAUACUUUCUUCACCGGUGUCUAAAAGUAACGGCAAUAAGCACUCAACUCCUAACGGUAGAGACGACGAUCGCGAGUCUGAGAGCUCUGGAACCUUGUCUUCUCCACCGGUUGUAUGA